AUGAGUACUCCAUCAAAAGAGUCCGAUACCAAAGACGUCGUCAACGAUGAAGGUCACCUAAAGGACGAUAAUCAGCAUUCCGUCGACGUCGUCCAAAACGAUCACGACAUGGCGUCGCCACAGUCUAGAGGGGACUCGAAAUCAUCUCAUCCAAAGACACCUACCGAGCAAGAUACAUCCCCCACGCUCCCCAAGCAGUCUUCGGAUGAUGCAGACACCAAUUCCACCUUGUCCGGAGUCCCCUCCCCCUCUGUCACUCAUAGGCCUUCCUCGAGCAAGACUUCGCUCGACGACCGACCUCCCUCGCCGUCGAAUACUUCUGAAAAGCAAACCGAGACGUCAUCGGACGUGCACAAGGGCCAGGAUCCAAAGCCGGAUCUAGACGCCUCCACCGCAGAACGGCCUAUGGCCAAGGAGGAUACUCCAGACCGCAAAGAAAUGGAUUCUGAAUCAUCGGAACCUCUUUCGUUGAGCAAAAAGGUGGCCACGGUUUUAGAGCUCAAUUCUGAACUUUUACGAGUGUAUAAUGAUUUCCACUCCCAAAACCAAAUUCACGCAUUCCCCGCCGAACUCCGGGAAUAUUCUCAGAGGAUACAUUCAAAUGUGACUUGGCUGAUGCAAUGUAAUGAGGCACUUGGACAGCAGUUACCGAUGCAGGCCCGGGUUUCGACACCCAUCACGGCUCCUCCCCCUCCCAUUCCUUUCUCCUCCACAGAGCGGAUCAAUGCUAUCUAUACCAAAAUGCCCUCUUUUUUCGAAAAAGAGAUUGCGAGGGAGCAAAGAAAACGGCAGAUACGACAGAUGAUUGCUUCGGGAAUGUCCAACAUGGCUCAAGCCGCCACCAACCCGACGAUGAACGGUAUGGCCAUCAACAUCAAUGGCAAGCGAGAACGUCCUGAGGACAUGACCAACGACUCACAGAGUGGCGACUCGGACGGCAAUAGCCCUCGAAAACGGGUCGACACUGGCGAGUCCAAGGCCAACUCUGUAUCAUCUAUACACAACACACCAUCUCCGGCCAAUCUGCACGCAUCUCCUACUCGUAGUACGGCAUCACCGUCGACCAUUCACGCUCCUGGUGCACAUCCAGCUGUAUCGACUCCUGCUACGUCCGUGCCGCCCAUUCACCGACCAAGCUCUGCUCAAUCGAAUUCGUCACAAACCGCUGUUCAGAUGCCACCGUCUGCUGGGACAUCAUUUUCUGACCCUGGAACACCAAGUGUAACUGUCAAUGGUGUUCCGAUGAGCAUGAGUGGAAUGACGCCUCAGCAAAUCGAACGUAUGCGACUCAUGCAACAUAACCGUGUUCGAACACUGAGUGGUGGAAAUGCUACGCCACAUAUGAUGCCCCCAUCGAAGGUCGCCCCGCCCAACCUUUCCAUGAAGCCUCCACAAACCCCGCAACAAUAUCCUGGUGGCCAUCAACCCCAACAACCCGCAUUCCCCAACACACGUGCUCCUCCUGCCGCUAUAUUCCCUCAACUCAUCAACAUGAUCCAAAAUCCGCAGGCUCACCAGAGCGUACAAGCCCUGCAUGCCAAGAUCCCUGGUUUUAAAAACAUGCCUCUUGAGCAACAAGCGAGCGUCCUAUGGUCUUUCCAGCAGAACCAGGUCAGACAUCAGCAGCAGCAGCGCUCCUUGGAAUCUGCCGCUCAAGCGCAGGCUGCCAACAUUAAUACAUUGGCUCCCCGGCCCGCUGGCGCCGCUCCUGGUCCAGGAAUGUCGACAAUGCCCGAUCCAGCACAUGGAUUUCCGCCUGGUUCUGUCACUCCUGGCAUGAUGGGUGGUAUGGCUCCAGGUGCAGGAAUGCGACCUCCUAAUCCUGCGGGUGUCAUGCAGCCUCCUCCUACACCUCAGACCCUACUACAGCUACAGCAGCUACAACAGCAGCGGCAACUCAAUCUUUUGCAGCAACAACAGCAACAUGCUGCAAUGGGACGAGCUGGCGGAGGAUUUCCACCUGGUGCAGGUCUAUCAAAUCCGGGUAUGAUGGGGAUGGGGGGUAUGGGUGCAGCGGGUCAUUCAAUGGCCAUGAACCCUGGUCUGAAUAUGG